UUUCUCAUUCAAACACAACAUUGAUUUGAAUGCACAAGUUUCUUUAAUGUGUGUGGUACAAGGUGAAUUAAAGAAAGUUGAAUGUGGAGAGAGAGAGAGAGAGAGAGAGAGAGAGAGAGAGAAGCAAAGGGAGUGGUGCAGAAAAUGAUGGUCAAAAUGGGGCCAAAAGUAGAAAUUCUGAUUCUUGAGAGGAGGAAUUCAAUAAAUAAAAAACUACAAGGGUAUAUCUUGGCUUUACUCCGAGAGAGUGUUAUUCUCCUUUUUGCCCUUUUGUGUUGGUAAUAAUUUGUGGGGAUUAAAGAUGAGAUCUUUAGUGUUCCUCUCAGAGCUCCCACCAAAUAUUCUCUCUUCUUUUUGACCAAAUUGUCUUUUCUUUUUGGUAUUUUUGUUCUAACACGCCAUUUACAAUUUCAAUUAGAAUUCAAUAUUCAGACAGUAUAGGUAGUAAUCAACUGAUACGUACGAGAAAACCUCAGCAGUUAGUGAGUGCGGAGUGCAAUUAAGCAUGUGGAGUUACUUGUACAACUAGUCUAAUCUGUGUUUAAUUUUGGUCAGCAAUCAACCUCGACCAAUUAAAACAAAGAUUAAAUACUGGCUUUUAGUUAACAAGAUUAGACCUCCUUUGUCUUUUCUUCCUCAUCCUACUCUCUCUCUCUCUCUCAUCCCAAUAAAUACCUCCCACUAUAUCAGCAACUGCCAUUUCAUCUUCUCCAUAAAACUCUCUCUCUCUCUCUCUAAAAGACACACAAACAAAAACAGGCAGGCAGAGAAACAUGAGCAGAAGAGUGAGUUUCAGCCCGGAGGCGGCAUCGAUGAAUAUGUAUUCGAAGCAUGGGGGGCCCACUAAAGUUGGUGGUGGUGGUGGUGGCGGUGGAAACAACAAAUUAUGGAUAUUCAAACUGCCAAAAGGGUCGUCAAGAGUGGUGGGUGGAUUCUUAAGGCAAAUAGGAGCAAAGGUGGCCAAAGCCGCCAUGCCGCUGAUGUCAUCCAACCGGAGGAGGAGAUCGUGUUCUACUAAGGUGGCGGUUUCAUCAUCUGCUGCUUUGGGUAGGUCAAGAUCAUAUGCUGCAGAAACACUUGAUUCUCAGAGGGCUCAAGCCAUUGAAGACUGCAUCCAGUUCUUCAACUCAUCUUCUUCUUCGUCGUUCUCUUUGCAAAGAUCGGAUUCAGUCACCAGUUCUUGCUAGAUAUUAUUAUACACCAUGUAUAUGAUCAUAUAGAAAACCCUUUCUGUUUUCGUCUAGGUUAUAUAUAUCACUUUUCUUACCAGUUGUUUCGAUCAAAUUUUCGUUACAUUUCUGUAAGAAUUCAUUAAGUGCUUUCCUGGCCAAGCCACAUGGAAGAUCUCUUGUUUCCCAUUAAACAAAAUUCUGGUUA